GGCAGACAUCAUGGGCGUGGUGUUUGCGUUUGGAAAUCUCGUGGAUUGAUUUACGAUGGUGAAUGGCAUCGAGGCAGUCGACAAGGACAAGCGAUGGUGAAAUAUCCGGAUGGAAGUCUCUACGAGGGAGGCUACAAGCAGGACAUGCUGAUGCUGUUUCAGGGUCACGGUAGGUUCGAGUAUUCCAACGGAAGUUGGUAUCAGGGAGGAUGGGUUGCAGACAAGCGUCACGGUUACGGAUACCUUUUCUGGUCCACGACAGGAGAAGCGCAUCAAGGAAUGUUUGAAAACGAUUUACCGCACGGAAAAGGUGCGAGAUAUUAUCCCUCGGGAGAAGUUUAUAUGGGCGGCUGGCAAAAUGGAGAAAAGCACGGCGUCGGUGUGUUGGAAGGGCCUCAGGAGGAAAGUGACGAGCAAGAGAAACAAACAAAGGACCAGGAAGGUGCUCCGGCAAGUGUUGGUAUGAAAAAGAUCAAGUCGCACGCUUGCAUCGACGGGCUUCCGUUGGACGUCGUAGAUUUGCGCUCUUCCGUGAGAUCACUUUCAUUUAUGUUUAGUUCACUUAUUCUGACUGUUUUGGUCAGGAUGGCGAAGAAUCCGAGGAAGGAGAGAACGACGAUAUGGUCGAUGCAGAAUGGGAGGAUGCGGAUGAUCAAGAGAACAUCCAUGCUGUCCGACGGUAACCUUUGA